UCUAUUCAGUGCCUCCAUCUAGUGGCUAUACUAAAAGACACUACUGAAAAAGGGCACGCGCUCAGAUCUUCGCGUUUACUCAUUAGUCCCGAAUCUUAGUUUAUGCUUUUAACUGCACUGUGUUUUUCUUUCUUAAUUUUUAUGUGUGCACAUAAACUGUUCCUCAGUAUUUGAUACACAAUUAAAAUACGACGAGCAUGUACUUUGAACAAACAAUUCAAGCCAUGAAAAGAUCAAAGGUCAAAAUUCCGCGCACGUUUCCUGCCACCUCGUUAUGACGCACACAACGAAUUGUCAUCAGAUUACACAACGCAUAGCUUUUCUAACAAGAGCGGGUCUUUUGAUAAACACCCUUUUGUGGAACGACAAGAUCAGGACAAAUCUUUUUUAGUGUCUUAGUACGUGUUGGCAGCGAAAUGGCAGAGGCUAUACUCGGAGAUCACGACCAGUACAGCUGCUCAAUAUGUUUGGAGUUGUUGAGGGAUCCCGUGACUAUUCCGUGCGGACAUAGUUACUGCAUGAGCUGUAUCAAUGAGUGCUGGAAUACAAAUGAUCAGAAAGGGAAGUAUAGAUGUCCACAAUGCAGACAUACCUUCAAUUCAAAGCCUCCACUCAACAGAAGUACAGUGCUUGCUGAAAUAAUGGAGAAACUGAGGAGUACAGAGUCUGCUCAAAGUCUUGCUGGUCCUGGAGAGAUUGCGUGUGAUUUCUGUUCUGGAGAAAUGAUCAAAGCUGUCAAGUCUUGUCUGGAGUGUCGAGCCUCUUACUGUGAAACACAUGUACAGCCCCACUAUAAUGUUCCUGCCCUGAAGAAACACAAGCUGGUGAAAGCUGCGGUCAUUCCAGUAUGCCCCAAACACGACAAGCUCCUUGAGGUUUACUGUCGAACGGACCAGAAAUGUGUCUGCAUGCACUGCUUAUUGGAUGACCACAAGGGCCAUGACACAGUACCAUCUACAAUAGAGCGCAACGAGAAACAGAUAAAUCUUACACACUCUCAGACAAACGUCAAGCAGACAAUCCAGGCAAAAGAAAAAGAGCUGCAGAAGAUGAAAAUGGACAUCACAUCCCAUUCAGAUUCUGCAAAGAAGGCAGUGGAGAACAGUAAGAAAGUCUUCAGUGAAUUAGUCAAACUUAUUGAGAAAAAAAGCAAUGAGGUGAUUGAAGAAAUAAAAGCUCAAGAAAAGGCUGAUCUGGAUCACGGCACAAAGCUUCAAAAGAAGCUGGAGGGGGAAAUUACUGAGCUGAAGAAGAGGGAAGGAGUUCUAGAGGAUCUUCUACAGACAGAAGACAACAUCCAAUUUCUUCAGAAUUAUGAGACUGUGUCCUCUUCAUCUGGAUCUGAUGAGUUGCAGAGUUUCUCAUUUCAGCCAUACUGCUCUUUUGAGGACGUAAGAAAACUUAUAUGUGAACUUACUGGGAGACUUGAGACUACUUGCACACAGGAGAUAAGCAAAACAGUUAAUAAAGUUUCAGAUUUGUCUGCAAAGAGGCCUUCGUUUGACAUUGUAGUUGGAGACAGAGCCCGCGUGAAGCCAUCUGUUGUUACUCCAAUACACAAAUGGGGAUCGGUUACUCACUUGAGUGUUGGUGUUGUUAAAAGUGAGAGAACUGACAGAUAUUGAUUUGUAUUUAUAUUAGGCAUGACAAUUCCUGUUAUUUACCACAAUAAGUGAAAUUAUACACACACACACACA